GGAGCAGGGAAAUGCUGUUUCCACCGCGACCUGCCGGCUCUUCCUCUUCCCUUUCCAGCUUCACACCGGUUAGGAGCGCAGAAAAGACGAGGAGCGCAGAAGCGGCGCUGCGAUGCGCUCCAGAGGGGACGCGCCGGAGUUGAAAUAAGGAAAUCGGGGGGGUUAAAAAAAAAAAAAGCAGCGAAGUGGAAGAUUUUCUUCCGAGGAUGAGUGGCUGCUGACAAAAGAAAAACGGGGAGCCCCUUCUGGCUUCGGUUUUCCAGCCGCUUUUUCACCAGGACCGACGCGCUCGCACCGGCACAGCCGAACAUUUGGAUCCGCGUUAUUUCUGGGAGCGAAUCAUGCCUGUCCGCAGGGGUCAUGUUGCGCCACAAAACACAUUUCUAGGAGUCAUUAUUCGGAAAUUCGAGGGACAAAAUAAGAAGUUCAUCAUAGCCAAUGCCCGCGUGCAGAAUUGUGCUAUCAUCUACUGUAACGAUGCCUUCUGCGAGAUGACGGGGUUCUCCAGACCGGAUGUCAUGCAGAAGCCGUGCACAUGUGACUUCCUGCAUGGCCAGUCCACCAGCCGACACGCGGUGGCCCAGGUGGCUCAGGCGCUGCUGGGAUCUGAGGAGCGCAAGGUGGAGAUCACCUACCAUCGCAAGGAUGGUUCAAACUUCCUGUGCACCACCCAUAUCAUCCCAGUGAAGAACGAGGAGGGCGUGGUCAUGAUGUUCAUUCUGAACUUUGAUUAUGUCCUGGACGAAGGCAGCAGCGACUCCCUGGAGAGGCUCAACCACACGUCGCCCUCCAAAGCCGACCAACGAAAAGGAAGAUUCUUUCGCUUCCGUUUCUCAGCCUUACGUCUCCUGGGUAUCAGCAAGCAGUCCCUGCCCCAGGAGGACCCUGACGCUGUCACGGUGGACUCUCCACGCCACAGCGACGGUUCUGUGGCUACGCGGGACUACCAACUUCCUGCUACCCGUGAGAGCUGCAGUCCCUCCUACGCCAAUGACACUCGUGCCCUAAUUGGCCCCAGCCACUGCUCAACCCCUGUGUCUGGGCCUCUGGACCACUCGUCGCCCAAAGGCCCCUGGGGUCAGAUAUACCCAGAGCAGGCCACUGCACAGACUCAACAGCAGAGCCAAGAGGAUACACUCAUCACAACUCCUUCAAUCCCGGGUCUCACUCCAACCGCCUCCAAAGAGAGUAUGUGCAGUAUUCGCAGAGCGUCCUCUGUGCAUGACAUGGAAGGCUUCGGGUCCAAGUCCAAGAGUGUGUUCAGGGACAGGCAUGCCAGCGAAGACAAUGGUCGCAAUAUAAAAGUAUCGCGUUCCUGGAUGGCUGGGGGGCCGCUCAGCCAGAUCAAAUCGAGCCUGCUGGGAUCCACCUCCGACUCCAACCUCAACAAGUACAGCACGAUAAAUAAGAUCCCCCUCAUCACACUCAACUUCUCUGAAGCCAGCAAUGAAAAGAAGUGCCCCUCUUCCCCAUCCUCCGAGAAGACCAUCAUCGCACCAAAAGUCAAAGACCGUACACACAACGUUACAGACAAGGUUACGCAGGUUCUUUCCCUGGGUGCAGAUGUUCUUCCUGAGUACAAACUCCAGACGCCACGAAUGGAUAAGUGGACCAUCCUUCAUUACAGCCCCUUCAAAGCAGUGUGGGACUGGCUUAUCCUGCUGCUGGUAAUCUACACAGCCAUUUUCACACCCUACUCUGCUGCCUUCCUGCUUAAUGACAUUGAGGAGCAGAGGAGGCGGGAGUGUGGUUACUCCUGCUCUCCACUAAAUGUGGUGGAUCUGAUAGUGGACAUCAUGUUUAUUGUGGACAUCCUCAUAAACUUCAGGACCACUUACGUCAACAACAAUGAGGAGGUGGUCAGCCACCCGGCCAAGAUUGCCAUCCACUACUUCAAAGGAUGGUUCCUCAUAGACAUGGUGGCGGCCAUCCCAUUUGACCUGCUCAUCUUUGGCUCCGGAUCAGAUGAGACGACCACCCUGAUUGGUCUGCUGAAGACGGCUCGUUUGCUGCGGUUGGUUCGUGUUGCCCGUAAACUGGACCGCUACUCGGAGUACGGCGCUGCCGUCCUCAUGCUGCUCAUGUGCAUCUUCGCCCUCAUCGCCCACUGGUUAGCCUGCAUUUGGUAUGCAAUCGGCAACGUGGAGAAGCCGUACUUGGAGCAUAAGAUCGGCUGGCUGGACAACCUGGGGGUGUCUAUAGGAAAGAAAUACAACUACAGUGACCCCAGCUCAGGUCCCUCCAUCAAAGAUAAGUACGUCACAGCGCUCUACUUUACCUUCAGCAGUCUGACCAGCGUGGGCUUUGGGAACGUCUCCCCCAACACCAACUCAGAGAAGAUAUUUUCCAUCUGUGUCAUGCUGAUUGGAUCUCUUAUGUACGCCAGCAUCUUCGGGAACGUCUCCGCCAUCAUCCAGAGGCUGUAUUCAGGUACGGCUAGGUAUCACCUUCAAAUGCUGCGCGUCAAAGAGUUCAUCCGCUUCCACCAGAUCCCCAACCCGCUCCGGCAGAGGCUGGAGGAGUAUUUCCAGCACGCGUGGACGUACACCAACGGCAUCGACAUGAACAUGGUACUGAAGGGCUUUCCAGAGUGCCUGCAAGCGGAUAUUUGCCUCCACCUCAACAAGAGCCUCCUCCAGGGCUGUAAAGCGUUUCGUGGAGCCACCAAGGGCUGCCUCCGGGCUUUGGCCAUGCGAUUCAAGACCACCCACGCCCCACCGGGAGACACGCUGGUUCACUCUGGAGACGUCCUCACGGCCCUCUACUUUGUGUCCCGCGGGUCCAUUGAAAUCCUCAAGGAAGACGUUGUGAUGGCCAUCCUGGGUAAGAAUGAUAUCUUCGGCGAGAUGAUCCACUUGUACGCCAAGCCCGGGAAGUCGUGCGCGGACGUGCGCGCGCUGAGCUACUGCGACCUGCACACCAUUCAGAGGGAGGAAAUCCUGGACGUGCUGGACAUGUAUCCGGAGUUCGCGGACCACUUCCUCACUAACCUGGAGCUGACCUUUGACCUCCGCGAUGAAAAUGCUAAGACCUACGCAAAUCCAAGUGAUUCCAACAUGACUGACAUCAAGUGCCGAAGAAGGAUUUCAUACAAAAGGAAAUCCUCCACAGAGCGCUCGCUGCCUGUUGUCAGCGAUAAUGAGGCUGCCCUGGCCUCCCCAGAGGGGCCUCGGCGGAGAAGUCGCUGUUCUCUCAGCAGAUUCUCCCGGCUGCCUUUCCUCCCAGCAGGCUCCCACAACAAGGAGCCCGGGGCCACCUUCAGCGCCGCCACACAGGGGAGGCACGUCUUCGCCUCGUCAGCCAAGAACCGGAGAGAGUCCGCCGAGGAGGGAGAGGAGGAGGAGGAGGACGAGGAGGAAGAGGAGGAAGAGGAGGAAGAAGAGGAACAGAGGCCCUUGUGUUCGGGCGUGUUGGGUUACCCGGUGGUCAGAGACCACGCUCUGGGCCUCGGACUGAGCAGCGCUGCAGAGGCGCCAGCUGGAGACGCCACGCACGACCAGGAGUACAAAGAGCUCCACGCAGAAGACUGGGGGCCCCAGCGUCCCAGUGAGGCCCCCGAGGAGCCGGCCCCGUGUCCCGAGCUUCCUGCCAGGGAGGACGACAGCGACACGGACCUCACCUACGGAGAGGUGGAGCAACGGCUGGACCAGCUGCAGCAGCAUCUCAACAGGCUGGAGUCCCAGAUGAUCACAGACAUCCAGGCCAUCCUGCAGCUCCUCCAGCGGCAGACGGCCGCCGGCCCCCCCGCCUACAGCACCGUCACCUCCGGCUCCGAGUACCAGACGUCAGCCAUCAGGGUCCAGCCGGGGUCGGCCCCCCAGGGGGAUCUCAGCCUCGGCCCCGCUCCCGCUCAGCCACAGAGUCCUGGCUCAGAUGGCUCUCCCGACACAUCCAAAGAAACUUCCCCGGUUCUGCUCAGCACGGGGCCUCUUCCAGACGGACGCUUCGGGGGACUGCUGGAGAGCGACGCCAGCGCUGAGCCGAGGCUCCCGGCCGGAGAUUCUGCAGAGCAGCGAGGGCUGGGAGAGCUGCAGGCCCACAGGCUCCCGGCGGGUCGCCAGGCCUCGCUCCCUGAUGUCCCGGCGGGGCGGCAGGCCUCGCUCCCUGAUGUCCCGGCGGGCCGGCAGGCCUCGCUCCCUGAUAUCCCAGCGGGCCGCCAGGCCUCGCUCCCUGAUGUCCCGGCGGGCCGCCAGGCCUCGCUCCCCGAUGUCCCCAACAGCUCGGGGAUGGCGGGGCUCCACAGGCCCGUGUCUGACCCGGGACUUCCGGGAAAGUAG